UGCGAAUCACCGGUUUGGGAACAGACGCAUCGUCGACGGCAUUGAUUUGAAGAAGAGAAUCUGACUUAUAAGAAACAUAGCUCUAACUUAAGUUAAUUUACCUUAUUUAUUCACGCAAUCGUUUGGAUUAUUUGUUCCCCUUGGGCUGUCAGUUUUCACGGAGCGAACGAAUCUGUUGCUCGGACCUUCACAGGCGACGGCGCGCAAUGAGCGGAAUCCUCACAGAGAAAAAGUUUUCCAACGUUUCAUCCGACUUGCUUCGCACAUCGGUGUUUGAACAAGCACCUGAAAAAAGCCUAUAUACCUCUCCGGAGCCUGAAGUCGCUGGCAUGAGUUACUAUAGUGGGCAUGCGUCGCAUAACCACCAGGACUACUAUCAACCAUAUUCACAGUCAAUGAGUCCGUAUUCUUAUCAACAGUACAAUCCAAAUGGAUUAGGAGCAUCAAGUGGAUAUUCCAUGAAGACGGAGUAUCCUUAUUCUCAUGCGUACAGACAAUAUGGACAUUACUGUAGGGAAGUACAUACACCCCAAGACACAGUGAAAGAAGAGCCGGAAACUGAAGUGCGAAUGGUCAACGGAAAACCUAAGAAAAUUCGCAAGCCACGAACCAUUUAUUCCAGUUACCAGCUGACAGCUUUGCAGCGGCGCUUCCAAAAGGCGCAGUAUCUGGCCUUGCCAGAACGGGCAGAGCUUGCGGCGCAGCUCGGAGUUACCCAGACACAGGUGAAGAUAUGGUUCCAGAAUCGCCGGUCUAAGUUCAAGAAACUGUACAAAAACGGAGAACUAUCACUGGAUCAUAGUCCGAACGCCAGCGACUCGAUGGCAUGCAACUCGCCCCCCUCCCCUGCAGCAUGGGAUUCCAGCACACAUGCUAACGCAGCCAACAGAGGGCAGAUGCCACCACCGUCCCAUCCUUCUUCGCCGCCUUUUAUAGAUGAUUGCAGCCAUCACUGGUAUCAGCAAGCCUCACAUUUAGGCGCUCAGCACCCGAGUUCGGUGCACCAUACGCCCCCCUCUACGCAAAAUGCUUAUUGACCUUUGUGGGCGCUCUACAGUUGAUUUACAUGACAUUGGACUAUUUUCAUGACUCCCGUCCGUUGGAUGAAAGGAACGGAUAUAACGGUUGUUGUUGUUGUUUUGGUCUUUGUUUGUUUGCACCGUCAGUUUGCUUACCAUUUUGGCAGCAUUUAUCACUUUCUACUGCAUGCGCUGUCAGUGGUCUUAGCAUUUAGAUCAGAUUUAAACUUUGGGCUUUUGUAUCAGAAUGCCUUAUUUAAAACAAAGUAUGGAGGUGAAAAGCACAAACCACACUAGCCUACAUUUUAUUUUUUUGAAUUCAUCUGAUUAUCAGGAUGGGUUUGCUUUUGAGCGGGUGUUCAUUGUUCAGACAAAACAAUAUAUUUUACACAGGCCAUUAGUAUUAGGCCAUUUAAAUUGACUGACCAAUCAAAACAGUAAAAACAUUAUGUCUACACAAAUGACUUAUUUGUGUUAAAUAAACCAGUAUUGCAACUACAAUUUAUAUUUGGCUAAGCUACUGUUUUACAUUUGAUCAUUAGGCUACAAUAACGUAAGCCUUUUCUGUGGCUGUGAGGCAGACUACUUUUGAACAAAAAACGGUCAAAAUCAGUCCCAUUCGAUGAUGGACAGGUGGUUACCUCUUGUCUUAGAAGUAACCCAACAGCACCAAUUGUAUAGAAAAAUGUAUCCUAGGUCCUAGGACAAAUCAUACUGUUAAAUAGACUUUCAGACAGACAGGAAAACAGUCAGGAGGGUUUUACAGUCUUAGGGUCGAAAUCAUAGCGCGUAAUUUGACAAGGAAUGACAACCAUAAUAAAAAAAAUCUAAUUUAAAAAUACGGGAUAAUUCAAGAAUGUUUGUUCAAAAUUUCCCACUGUAUUCUUUUUUCUUCUUUUAGUCAGAACAGCAGGUAGUCCAUUUAAAAAUGAGACGAGCGUAUGAACAUAUUAAGGCAUAAAGCAUGGGAAACGUUUAAUUGCUUGGGGUGUUGUGCUAUUUCACCUUAUGAAUUUAGGUAUGCUGUGCUCUUUGACGUAUCAUGAGGCUGAUGUUUGCCCUCAUAGCUUAGUGAAAUUAUUACGUGCUCAUUUAUCUGCAUUAAAGAGUCAACCAAGCAAGCCAGCAUUGUCUGCAUCAUAAGGCUGCUAAACGCACAGCGAAUACCAGUGUGUCCUUUAAAGAUGACAAUCAUGUUGAACACGUUAUCAUGACGAGAUUCGUUUACUGCCUGUGUGGUAAUUCCCCACCCAUCCCUCCUGUGCCUGUCAUGGAGUGAAUUCACUCGGAUUAGCGAACAGGCUAUACUUAAAGAGCAUCAUCUGUAGUGAGCACAUUUGGCAAACACGAGGUCCACGAUCUGGCCACAGACAUGGCGAACGGGGUGAUUCUGAGGUUGGAUGGGAGAGUGCCGAUGAUACUACUGCUGCCACCAGCUGCAUAUUACGUCUGUUCAAAAGCCUAGAAGGUGUAAGGUUUCGGCCGAGCUGGGACAAUCUAUCGUCAGCGCUAUGGAUAAACUAACACAAAUACACUAUACACCAUGCAGCUGUGGAACAAGCCUUGUCCCCUACAAAACCUUUUGGCCUAUUGGUUGGAAUGGAAGUAAACUACAGUUCAUUUGAGAUGGGUAUAUGUCCCUCUGUCCCUCCAGACCAUAAGUCUAUUUUUAUGUCUGCAAUAGGCCUAAUAAAGCGGUGUCAUGGCAGAGAUAUAGCUGUUGAUAAGUAUGUCAUUGACGGACCCUUGGUUGAGCCUAUCUUUGUUUUGUUUUUUUUACCCCAACCAAGAUUCCUUCUAUACAUUACAUUUUCAAAAUAUGUAACAGCAACAUUAAGGAGCCGAAGCUACCAUAAUAUUCAUGUACAGACAAUUUUAAACUGAAUUCAAUUUGGCAUAAAAUUAAUUUAAAACAGUAGGCUAACAUUACAAAUAUCCCCAUGUAUUAUUUUUGUUAUAAUGACAAGUGAAGAGGUUAAAUUAAAAAAGAUGUGUUAUUCUGCAACAUUCAGGAAUCAAUUAAUGAUUACUUGAAUUACGUAGAUCUAAUCAUUUUUUAACCCUCCUGUUGUGUUUGUAUCAUGCAUUAUUAUUUGUUGUAAAUGCAGGUAACACAUAUAUUAUCAGCUAAUGUUUUGAACUUCCUGUUGCUAUUUAUGGCCUGCAGGCCUCAUUGACCUGAGCACACGCAAGGGGAAGGGGAAGAUACUAUUGGAAAGGCAUAGAAGCAAAGGGGGAGUGAGGGUGUGUUUGUAUGUGUAUUUUGAAUGUACAGAAGCACACUGUGUAUGUCCAUCUGAUCAACAGGUAUGUGCCUGGACUCAAUGUUAUACACUGACCAUUUUCUCAGCCAUUCAUUGCUAAUGGAAUAUACAUGGGUGUUCUUGUUAAGUUAAAUAAAACACUCAAAUUGUUAUGG